ACGCUCCGACGUUGCGAAUGUGUAUUACGAGUUACCAAGCAAAAUUAUAACGGAUAUACGAUUUUCGUUAGUUUAAAAAGUGUAAACCCGUUAACGAUGACUAGAACUGUGUUUUAUUUCUCUUGGUUUUUGGUGUUGAAUCUCUCCACAGCAGCACCAUCAAAACAGUUUGAACGACAAUCGACGCAUCGUGUUCAAGCAAUAACAGGAACGGUCACACCUAAAUAUCCAAUUGAGGAUAUGCAACUAAUGCAACCACAUUAUAUAACACUUGAGGAUUUCGAGUCGUUGCUACGUCGCGCCGGUGAACUCUUUCGGCCAAAUGCCUACCUCUCAGAUGAAACAACCACAACGCCGUCACCACAAAAAGGUCCAACACAGUCUUUAGUUAUCGCUACUGGUGUGUCGACGCCUUAUCAGCAAAUUCAACCGCCUGAAGUGCAGCCAUUCAAUUUCUACAUGCCUCUGUUCGAGUAUAAUAAUGGAAAAUUGGAUGGUAAAAGUAAGCGAUUGGAGCACAUUGUUCCGCCGCCAGUACCGGUCAAAGGGCGUGAUCAGACCGACUACUAUGCUGCAAAACCAAAAAAAUUGCCCAAAAAAUUUAACGCGGGCACUAAACAAGUGAAUAUUAAAUGGCUGAAUGCAUUCGAAAAAGAAGCAUUAACUGACCCUAGUGGUCAGUUGCCGAAAGCGGUGUAUUUACUGCACGAUGAACGUAAUCGUAUCAAUUUUGAUGACUCUUUUUUUGGCGUUGAUAUGCAAGUGAAAAUUCCCAAUAAUCAGCUCCAUAAGGAGGAGCAUGUUGAUAGCGUUGGCACAAAUGCGAAUGACGAGUUUCUUAAUCAGGGCGAAGAAGGCGGUGAGGAGGAUUUGGUGGCGGCCGCAGCUGGUCAAGUGGAGUACACUGUGCCCAAAGUUUAG